AUGGCUCAUAGGAAACUUCAACAGGAAAUUGAUCGUGUGUUUAAAAAGAUCAAUGAAGGUCUUGAGAUAUUUGACACCUAUCAUGAAAGACAUGAAAACUCAACAAAUCCUUCUCAAAGAGAUAAACUAGAGAGUGACUUGAAGAGAGAAAUCAAGAAAUUGCAGAAAUUAAGAGAACAAAUCAAGGUAUGGCAAACUCAAAAUGAAGUCAAAGAUAAGGAUAAACUUCUGGAAUACAGACGGUUAGUAGAGACUGCAAUGGAAAAAUAUAAAGUUGUGGAAAAGGGUUCGAAAGUGAAGGCUUAUUCUAAUAUGAGUUUGAAACAAGGUGCUGAUUUGGAUCCUGAAGAACAAGAAAAACUGGAUACGAUAAAUUUCUUACAAGAAUCUAUUGAUGAUAUAGAGAGACAAUAUCAAGUGGUUGAAGUUGAAAUCGAAAAACUAAGUGGUAAGAAGAGUAAGAAGAAUUCAAGUGCAAAUGAAUCCAAGAAAGAAGAAUUGAAAGAGCUACAAACCAGAUAUAGAUGGCAUCAACAACAAUUGGAAUUGGCUCUAAGAUUGUUGGAGAAUGAUGAAUUGCAAGUUGCUGAUAUAUUGGAAAUUAAAGAAGAUCUAAUAUACUUCUUGCAGAGCAAUCGUGAUCCAAAUUUCAUUGAUAAUGAAUAUAUUUAUGAAUCUCUUGAUCUUGAAUCUAAUGAAUUGUUGUCUAAUGAAGUUGUUUCAUCAUUUAAUGGAUUAUCAGUACAAGAAGAAAAAGUUGAAGAGAAAAAGGAAAAGUCAAUUUCACCAAAACCUGCUAAAUCAGUGACAGCAAAUACACCAGAAAAAGUCAGUCCCGCACCUUCAAGUGCACCAGCUCUUAGUGGGCUGCCUCCAGCUCCUCCAGCUUCAGCUCCAGCUCAAGGACCACCAGGUAUAAAUCCAAUAAGAAGAUCUGAAACUCCAAAGAAGAAGUUUGUUUCGCUGUCUACAAACUCAAACACUAGUACUCCAACAUCCCUGUCGAGUACGUUGAAACCUGCAGCUCCACCAAGUCAACCUCCUUCUGCUAUGAAAUGGUCAAUUCUGGCAUCUGGUGGAUUUUUGAAUAAUAAUGGUAAUGGCAAUGGUGACAGUGAAGCAGUCCCAUCAUCACCAGCUCCUCCAAGUACAGCACCAGCACAGAUAACGACGGCUACAUCAUCAAAUGCAACUGAAGUACCAAUAACACCAUCUAAAAGUAUACCACCGGCAACUACCACUACAACCACAACUACUACUACAUCUACUACUGCAGGUGUUCCAAGUUCGAUAGGUCUGGAGAGACCAGCUACAUCAGUUAGUCCAAGUGAAGGUGUUAGUAAUAGUUUAAAUGGGAAUGUUUCAAUUGGUGAUACUGCACGUUCAUCAAGUUCCAAUUUACCAAUUUCACCUGUGAAUCAAGUUGAAUAUCAACAAGAUGUUAAUUUGUUGAAGAAUCCUCCAGGUAUUAAUGCAAUGAUUGCUUCAUCAAUUUCUAGUCGAACUUCAUCAAAUAACGGUGAAUUUCCAAAAAGUACAGCUAAUGUUCGUGAUUUGCUAAGACUUCCAAGAGAUUAUAUGGUUAGUCAAGUUGAACCAUCCCAACUAACUACUGGUGAAUACCAAAGAGUUGCUCAAUUGUAUGAAGAUGCAAGACACAAAUUAUCAAUGACUAAUAAUUUUGAUGCAGUUUUAACACUACACCAAUUGAACAUUAUAUAA